UCCAAUGGCGUCCAUCAACUGCUGCUACUCCUUGGUGUUGGUGGUGGUUGCACUUGUCUCGGCGCCGUUGGCCGCCGUGGCCGGCGACCCGGACAUCCUCACCGACUUCGUCGUGCCGACCUCGAUGAUCGGCAUGCCACCGAUGAACAUCACCGGCGACUUCUUCACCUACACCGGCUUCGGCGCCGCCAUGAACAUGACGCCGAUGCCGAUGCCGAUGCCGGGAAUGCAGAACUUCACGGUGACCAAGGCCACCAUGAUGGAAUUCCCUGCGCUCAACGGGCAGAGCGUGGCCUACGCCAUGCUCAAGUUCCCCUCCGAAUCCGUCAACCCGCCGCACACCCACCCCCGGGCCGCCGAGCUGCUGCUCGUCCUUGACGGCGCGCUCUCCGUCGGCUUCGUCGACACGGCCGGCAAGCUCUACACGCAGGACCUGGCUGCCGGCGACAUGUUCGUGUUCCCCAAGGGACUGGUGCACUACCAGUCCAACCCGGGGCAAAGCCACGCCGUCGCGCUCUCCGCAUUCGGCAGCUCCGCGCCCGGCACCGUGUCCGUGCCCGUCACCGUCUUCGGCACCGGCGUCGAUGACGCUGUGCUCGCCAAGUCAUUCAAGACCGACCUGCCCACCGUGCAGAAGCUCAAGGCCGCGCUCACUCCACCUCCCAAGAAGUGAUUCAUGACUCAGGAUACAUGCUCUUGUUGCUGUCAGUGUGUCGAUCGACGCCGCCAUGAACUAAUAAGGCUAUGAGCUAGUGAGUGAUGAUGGAAUAAUACGCUUGUUGUGAUGUCGUCUAGUAGGCAACUACCAAGUACUGCGUACUAU